CAGCUCAACCUCGUUGCGCUUCUCCUCCUCCAACGUACCAACGAUGCCCCCCAUCGAUCUCCCUUCCCCGUUCGGCGACCUCGCCGUCGGCAUCUCCGAUCUCGAGCUCCGAGAGACCGCCUACGAGAUCUUCGUCGGCGCUUGCAGAACCACCGGCGGCAAACCCCUAACCUACAUUCCCCAAUCCGAGAAGAGCCCUAAUUCCACCGACCGCUCGCUGUCGAAUUCCUCGUCGACGCUGUCGAUGUCGCCGAAUCUGCAGAGGUCGCUGACGUCGACGGCGGCGAGUAAGAUGAAGAAGGCGCUGGGGAUUAAGUCGUCGUCGAAGAAGAGCCCGGCGAAGGAGAGCAGCCCGAAGAGGAAGCAGAUGACCGUUGGGGAGCUGAUAAGGGUUCAGAUGAGGGUUUCGGAGCAGUCGGAUUCGAGAAUUCGGAGAGGGUUGUUGAGGAUUGCUGCGAGUCAGCUUGGGAGGCGCAUUGAGUCGAUGGUUUUGCCAUUGGAGUUGUUACAACAGUUUAAAGCUUCAGAUUUUCCUGAUCAGCAAGAAUAUGUGGCUUGGCAGGGUAGAAACCUAAGGGUUCUUGAGGCAGGACUGCUUAUGCAUCCUCUCGUUCCACUACAAAAGUCAGAUUCUGCAGCACAACGGCUUAGGCAAAUUAUACGUGGUGCUUCUGAGAGACAGCUUGAAACAGGGAAGAAUUCAGAAUCGAUGCAGGUUUUGCGAAAUGCUGUGAUGAGCCUUGCUUCCAGAUCAUAUGAUGGAUAUGCUACUGAAUCAUGCCAUUGGGCAGAUGGCUUCCCGUUGAAUCUCCAUUUGUAUCAAAUGCUAUUAGAGGCUUGUUUUGAUAGUGGAGAGGAAGGAUCAAUAAUUGAAGAGAUUGAUGAGGUUCUAGAAUUGAUAAAAAAGACAUGGGCUGUCCUGGGAAUAGAUCAGAAGCUUCAUAACCUCGUCUUUUUGUGGAUUAUGUUUCAUCAUUUUGUUACUAAUGGCCAAGUAGAUAUAGAUCUUCUGUUUGCUGCUGAUAAUCAGUUAGGCGAGGUUGUUAAGGAUGCUAAAUCCACGAAAGACCCAACGUAUUCAAAGGUACUGAGUUCAACAUUGACUUCGAUAAUGGGCUGGGCAGAGAAAAGACUUCUUGCUUACCAUGACACCUUUAAUCCUAAUAACAUUGAGUCCAUGGAGUGUAUUGUCUCUUUAGGAGUAUCAUCUGCCAGAAUACUAGUGGAAGAUAUUUCUAAUGAAUAUCGUCGGAGGAGGCGAGAAGAAGUUGAUGUUGCUCGAACGAGGAUCGACACCUAUAUUCGUUCAUCUCUCCGCACUGCAUUUGCUCAGAGAAUGGAGGAAGCAGAAUCAAGUUGGCGAUCAUCGAAAAACCACAGUACUCCUACUCCACGUCUUGCAAUUCUUGCGAAGAGCAUUGGUGAUCUUGCAAACAAGGAGAAAGAGUUAUUCAGCCCGAUAUUGAAAAAGUGGCACCCUCUAGCUGGCGGUGUUGCUGUCGCUACUCUUCAUUCUUGUUAUGGGAAUGAACUAAAGCAGUUUAUCUCAGGCCUUACAGAACUUACUGUUGAUUCUGUCCAAGUACUGAAAGCUGCAGACAAGUUGGAGAAAGAUCUUGUGCAUAUUGCUGUUGAAGAGUCUGUUGACAGUGAGGAUGGUGGAAAGGCACUAAUCCGUGAGAUGCCUCCUUUCGAGGCUGAAUCUUCCAUUGCUGAUCUUGUGAAGACGUGGAUAAAGACAAGAGUGGAUAGACUAAAGGAAUGGAUUGACAGGAACUUGCAACAAGAGGUUUGGAACCCAAGGGCAAACAAGGAGAAUAUUGCUCCCUCUGGAGUUGAUAUUCUAAGAGUAGUCGAUGAAACUUUAGAUGCAUUCUUUCAGCUGCCAAUUCCUAUGCAUCCAGCCUUGCUUCCGGACUUGCUGACCGGGCUUGAUAGAAGCUUGCAGUACUAUAUAUCUAAAGUGAAGUCAGGCUGUGGAACUCGGAACACCUUUAUUCCUGCACUUCCAGCACUUACCAGAUGUGAGACAAACUCAGGUUUAUUCAAGAAGAAAGACAAAUCUCAGAAUUUGCAGAAAAGGAGAUCACAGGUUGGAACAAUGAAUGGAGAAGCUUCUAACAGUUUGCCACAGCUAUGUGUCCGUAUGAAUACACUCUAUCAUAUACGAACCGAGUUGGACAACCUGGAGAAGAAAAUAAAAACCUGUUUAAGGAAUGUAGAAUCAGCUCAAGCCGACAUAUCAAACGGGUUUGAGAACAAAUUUGAGCUCUCCCUUGCUGCUUCUCACGAAGGAAUUCAACAAUUGUGUGAGGCAACAGCUUACAGGGUCAUCUUCCGUGAUCUAAGCCAUGUAUUAUGGGAUGGCUUAUAUGUUGGAGAAACUGCUUCUUCUCGAAUAUAUCCUUUGCUGAAAGAGCUUGACCCUAACCUCGAGAUGAUAUCAACAACAGUACAUAAUAGAGUACGUAAUCGCGUGAUAACAGCAUUGAUGAAAGCUUCCUUUGAUGGGUUUUUGCUGGUGCUUUUGGCUGGUGGCCCAUCUCGUUCGUUCACUCGUCAGGAUUCUCAGAUUUUAGAAGAUGAUUUCAAGGCUCUUAAAGAUUUAUACUUGGCUGAUGGUGAUGGGUUGCCAGAAGAACUGGUUGAGAAGGCUUCAACUCAAGUUAGAAACAUUUUACCUCUUUUUCGAACCGAUACAGAGAGCCUCGUUGACCGCUUCAAACGCUUGAUUGUAGAGGCUCAUGGUCCUGUAGCCAAAUCUAGGUAUCCUUUGCCUCCGACUUCAGGUCAUUGGAGCCCUACUGAAGCAAAUACAAUUUUGCGUGUUCUCUGUUACAGGAACGACGAUGCUGCUUCCAAAUUCCUGAAGAAAACCUAUGGACUUCCUAAAAAGCUUUAGCUUUUUGGGUUUUAGUGUAUAUUAAUAUGCAGUAAGUAGAUCAGCUCAUGGAUGUUCCUUCAGAACUUGCAUCAGUGUUAUUUAUCAAGGUUUGGACACAGACUACAGUAGGUGGAUUACCAUUUACAUUAUUCUUUUAUACUAGUUGGUUCCUAAGCAUUCUUUCAGUUAGAUGAAGUGUAAAAGUUCUGGCUUUCUACAUUUCCUCAACUUGCCUCUUUAACGACAGUCAAUCUAUGGGAUGCAGAGAACUGAGUUGUGAAUAAUUUCCUUUACCAGCGAACCGCUAUGUUUGUUAUGUUGUGGGUUUCUGUUCAAAUGUGGAGAGGUUAUGUUGUUAUACGGUGUCUAUAAUUUAUUGAGUACCGGGUUAUCAGUAUUUUGAUGUUUUUUUUUUUUAAAUUCCCCCGUAUGUAACAUGGUUUUUGUGAUUACUCUUAUCUUGGUGUGUUUGGUGGUUGUAACCUGAAAUAUUUCUCCAAUAAUCAGAGUGCUGAAUGUGAGAACGAGUUGG